UUUUUUAAGCUUUUUUUUUACACCUAAAUAUUUAUUUCACCCAAGCACAAACUGGAUUCACAUAAACACGUGUAACCACGUGACACGCGACACUCGAGAAGCGAUUGACAUUUCGGACAGGGAAUAACAUAGCGACCGAUCGUCACCGACAAACGAGACUCGGAUUCACGUCCACAUCGAGAAGGAGACCUAAUUCGAGACAAUGUCGCUUUCCAAGCCGGCUAAUGUUAUUUAUAGUCUCAUUGGCUCGUACUUAUAUCAGCUUUAUUAUAAUCCCUUGAAAACAAAAGCUAUAACUAGUUGCAUUAUUGCGGUCCUUGGAAAUGUAGUAUCUCAGAAAUUGUCUGGUGCUAAGCAACUUAAUGAUGACAGUAUCCUGGCCUACGCUCUCUUUGGUUUCUUCUUCGGAGGACCACUGCCUCAUUACUUUUAUACAUAUAUGCCAUUGCUCGUGAGACAUCCUCUGGGAAUAUUACUCAUAGAAAGACUUCUCUAUAUGCCAUGUUUCCAAGCACUUGCACUAUACAUGCUUGCCAUCUUUGAGGGUAAAUCUCAUCAAACAGCAACUAAUCAGAUGCGGAAGUUAUAUUUGCCAACAUUGUUGGCUAAUUUAAAAUACUUGACGCUGUUCCAAUAUAUCAAUAUAAAAUUUAUUCCACCUAUGUUGAGGGUCUUAAUGGUGAAUCUCGUUGGUUUUGCAUGGGUUAUUUAUCUCGCAAAUAAGAGAGCGAAAGCUUCAAAAGAGAAGUAGAAGAAUACAAUACUAUCUACAAUUGUUGUUAUAAAUAUUUUACUACUUUAAACAUUUUAAAUAUUUUUGUAUAGUAACUAUGCAAAAAAAAUAUGGCGAUAUGCUUCUUUUAUAUGUACUGGGUUGACAUGGUGACUUUGUUCACUCGAUGAAACAGAGUAUUUCGCAGAAAUAAUGUGUAAUGAAUUUAUCAAGUGCUAAUAAUAUUUUCAUUAUUUGUACAAAGUAAAUAAUAC